GGAAGCCAGGCAGCGGCUGGCCGGGAAGGAGGAGGGGCAUGCAGACUUGGGUGGCUCAGCGCAGCGGGGACCAGUACUACUUCCCCCGAUAGUACCGCGCCGCUCCGCCCCGGAGUGACGCCCUCCGCCCAUGGGCUUGGCCGAGGGCUACCGGCGGGCGGCGCGGAGGAGGAGGCGGCGACGGCAGGUGGCGCGCAGCAGGGCCGGAGCUGGGCCGGGCCAUGGCCGCCUCGGAGCGGCUCUACGAGUUGUGGCUGCUCUACUACGCGCAGAAGGACCUGGGCUACCUGCAGCAGUGGCUGAAGGCCUUUGUGGGUGCCUUCGAGAAGAGCAUCUCACUGUCCUCUCUGGAGCCAUGCAGGCCGGAGGAGGCAGGUGCGGAGGUGCCGCUGCUCCCACUGGAUGUGCUGUGUGUGCUGGCCGAGCAGCUGGAUGGGCAGGACCUGGAGCAAGCCCUGCUGCUGCUCAAGCUCUUCACUGUUCUCUGCAGGAACCUGGAGAAUGUCGAGGCUGGCUGGGGCCAGGUGCUGGUGCCCCGGGUGCUGGCACUGCUAACCCGGUUGGCAGCUGAGCUGAAAGGCCCCCUCCACCAGGAGGGCCGUGGGCCCCAGCUGGAGAAUGUGGCCCUGCAUGCCCUUCUCCUCUGCGAGGGUCUCUUUGACCCCUACCAGAUGUGGCGGCGCCAGCACAGCAGGGAAGUCAUCAGCUCCAGGGAGAAGAGCCAGUACAAGUUCCCUCCAGCCGCUUUGCCCUGUGAAUUCAGAAACUUCUUCCGAGAGAGUCUGCAGGAUGCAAAUCGCUUGCCCCCCAAGCUGCUGUUGCGUCUCAUCCACCUCUUUGGUGCUGUCCUUGCAGGAGGGAAGGAGAACGGGCAGAUGGCUGUGAGUCCUGGCUCUGUUCAGGGCCUGUUGGAUGUGGUCCGGGGCUGGGGCUGUGGGCCAGCCCAGGACCCCCGCCUACUGCCGCUGGCACUGGAGGCACUGGUGGGUGCAGUCCAUGUUCUGCACACCAGCCGCACACCCUCCCGCGGGCCUGAACUCCGAGGCCUGCUUGAGGGCUACUUCUGUGUCCUUAAUGCCGACUGGCCAGCUGGGCCGAGUCCAGGCCCUGAGAAGGCCCUGGUCACCCUACGGGUCAGCAUGCUAGAUGCCAUCCCCUUGAUGCUGGCAUGUGAGGACCGGCCAGCGCUGCAGGCCACUUUCCUUAGCAACAAUUGCUUUGAACACCUUACUCGCCUCAUCCAGAACAGCAAGCUAUACCUGCAGGCCUGGGCGCCCCCUGAGGGGGACAGUGACCUGGCUACCCGGUUACUGACCGAGCCCGAUGUCCAGAAGGUACUGGAUCAGGACACAGAUGCCAUUGCAGUCCACGUAGUCAGAGUGCUGACCUGCAUCAUGAGUGGCUCCCCCUCAGCCAAGGAGGUAUUUAAGGAGCGUAUUGGCUAUCCCCACCUGCAAGAGGUUCUGCAGAGCCAUGGUCCCGCAACCCAUCGGCUGUUGCAAGAGCUGCUCAACAUGGCUGUGGAGGGUGACCACAGCAUAUGUCCGCCGCCACCAAUCCGCAAUGAGCAGCCAGUGCUGGUACUCAUGCAGUGGCUGCCAGCACUGCCCACAGCUGAGCUGCGGCUCUUCCUAGCACAACGCCUCUGGUGGCUCUGUGACAGCUGUCCUGCCAGCCGUGCCACAUGUGUGCAGGCAGGCCUGGUGGGCUGCCUGUUGGAGACGCUUAGCACAGGGGUUGCCCUGGGGGUCCGCUGCCAGGAGCAGCUGCUGGCACUGUUACAAGCACUGGGCCGCGUGUCACUGAGACCCUUGGAGCUGCGUCGCCUGCUGCGUCCCCCACCAGGGCUGGACUUAGGGCCAGGUAGAGCUGAGGCCGAGAAUGCCCGGCAUGCAGGUGCCAUCAUUCGUGCAUUAUCAGGCAUGGCCCGGCACCAGGGCUCUGUACGAGCUCUUUGCUACUUUGAUCUCACACCUAGCAUGGCGGGCAUUAUGGUACCCCCCGUGCAACGCUGGCCAGGACCUGGCUUCACCUUCCAUGCCUGGCUCUGUCUGCACCCCGUGGCUGCAGGGCCUACCCCAGCCCCCACUCGGCCACUCCAGAGAAAGCAACUGUACAGUUUCUUCACCAGCAGCGGUGCAGGGUUUGAGGCCUUCUUCACGGCAGCUGGGACCCUGGUGGUGGCUGUAUGCACUCGGAAGGAGUACUUAACUUUGAGCUUGCCUGAGGUGUCCUUUGCUGACUCUGCCUGGCACUGCGUGGCCAUUGUCCAUGUGCCGAGGCGCCGGCCCUUCAGCCAGAACCUGGUCCAAGUCUACAAAGAUGGUCAUCUGGUCAAGGAGGCACCCUUCCACUGCCCCUCCCUCAGUGAGCCUUUCUCCUCCUGCUGUAUCGGCUCCGCUGGGCACCGCACAACGACCACCACCACAGGGCUGCCUGCACCGCCAGUGCCCACUGCCCUGGCUCACACUCACCCCUCCCUCACCCGCUCCCAGUCAGUCCCGGCCACCACAGGGCUUGGCUGGGGGGCUGGGCUGGUAGCCCCCCUUCAGGAGGGCAGCAUCAGCUCCACCCUUGCAGGCACACAGGAUGCUCGGUGGGGCAGCCCCACGUCCCUGGAGGCUGAGCUAGGGGCCGUGGCCAUCUUCCCUGAAGCCUUGCCAGCAGCAGCCCUGCAGGUCCUGAGCAACCUGGGGCCCAAUGAGAUGGCACCCUUCAAGCCAGAGGGUGAACUGCAUGAACUUGGCACCAAGCUGCUCCUUCAUUACUCACCUCAGGCCUGUAAGAACAACAUCUGCCUGGACCUGUCCCUUGGCCACGGGCUGGAUGGCCGCCUGACGGGCCACAGAGUAGAGACCUGGGACGUGAAGGAUGUGGUGAACUGUGUGGGAGGCAUGGCUGUCCUGCUGCCCCUGCUGGAGCGAGUGGCUGCACAGCCUCAAGAGGCUGAGGCAGGUCCAGCUGAAACACAUGACCUUGUGGGGCCCGAACUGACCUCGGGCCACAACACCCAGGGCCUGCUUCUCCCACUGGGCAAGUCCUCAGAGGAGCGAAUGGAGAGGAACGCAGUGGCUGCCUUUCUGCUCAUGCUGCGGAACUUCCUGCAGGGCCACACUGUGAACCAGGAGAGCCUGGUGCAGUGCCAGGGGCCUGCCAUCAUCGGGGCCCUCUUGUGCAAGGUCCCCAGCUGGGCCAUGGACAUGAAUGUGCUUAUGUCUGCCCAGCUGCUGAUGGAGCAAGUGGCAGCUGAGGGCAGUGGGCCCCUCCUGUACCUGCUUUAUCAGCACUUAGUCUUCAACUUUAACAUCUGGAGCCUCAGCACCUUUGCUGUGCGCCUGGGUCACAUCCAGUACAUGUCUAGCAUAGUCCGUGAGCACAGACAGAAGCUGAGGAAGAAGUACGGGGUGCAGUUUGUCCUUGAUGCCCUGCGCAUCCACUACAGCGCACAGCGGGAGCACCCCCUGGCUGCCGACGAGCUGCACACAGUGCAGACCUUGCUUCUGGGUCUGGCACGGGAUCUCCUGGUUCGGAGCUCCUCCAUUGAUGACAUGCAGGUGGUGCUGAGCUUUCUGGCAGCUGUUGGUGAUGAGGGCCAGAUGGUGGGUGCACUGGACCUGCUGCUGGCACUGCUUCAGGGCUCCCCAGCACAAGAGUCCUUGGCUGUCUUCCUGCUGGAGCCAGGGAACCUGGAGGUGCUGUUGGCACUGCUGGUGCGGCCAAGGUCACUGCCCCUGCUGCCUGACCGAAUCUGCAAGAUCCUGCGCAGACUCCAGCAGAAUGAGCGCCUACCUGAGCGGUGUCGCCAGCGACUCCGGCUGCAAGAGUAUGGCCUCCAGGGUCUUGUCACCUGCCUUCCAGAGGGGGCCAUCUCCCCCCAGCUCUGCCAGGGCCUCUACAGGCUGUUCCUAGGUGCAGACUGCCUGAACCUCUCAGACCUGCUGGCCGUGGUGCAGCUGUCCCUGCAGGCUGACCUCAGUGUGCGCCUGGAUGUUUGUCGCCAGCUCUUCCACCACAUCUACAGGCAGCCCGAUACAGUGCGGCUGCUGGCCCAGCAAGCUGGCUGGCAAGAUGUGCUGACCCGGCUGUAUGUCCUAGAGGCUGCCACGGCCGACAGUCCCCUGCCCUUUGCCCCGGAGCCACUCACCUCCCCGGAGCCAGACUUACCCAAGCCACCCACUGAGUCUCCUGAGUCUUCAGACGUCUUCCUGCCCUCGGAGACCCCGUGCCCUGAUCCUGAUGCCUUUUACCAUGCCCUCUCCCCAUUCUGUGCACCCCUUGACCUAGGCCUGGAGCGGGCCAGUGUGGGUUCAGGCAACACUGCUGGCGGGGGCAGUGACAGUGGGACUGUCACUCCAGCCAGCCAGCCUGGCACGCCUUCCCCACUGGAUGGGCCCCGGCCCUUCCCUGCUGCCCAUGGCCACCACAGCUCCAGUCUCUCCAAUGUGCUGGAGGAUGGCAGCCUCCCAGAGCCCACUGUCAGUGGAGAUGACACCUCUAAUGCCAGCAACCCUCAGCAAACCUCAGAGGAGGAGUUGUGCAACCUGCUCACCAACGUGCUGUUCUCAGUGACAUGGAGGGGUGUGGAAGGCAGUAAUGAGGCUGCCUGGCGGGAGCGUGGCCAGGUCUUCUCAGUGCUCACCCAGCUGGGGGCCUCAGCCACAUUGGUGCGCCCACCAGAUUGCAUCAAGCGCAGCCUCCUGGAGAUGAUGCUGGAGUCAGCCCUGACUGACAUCAAAGAGGCCCCUCCUGGGGGCCUGGCCAGCCUUACCCAGCAGGCACUUUGGCUGCUGCGCCUGCUGCAGGACUUCCUGUGUGCAGAGGGCCAUGGCAACCAGGAGCUGUGGAGUGAGAAGCUCUUUGAAGGUGUGUGUGGCCUCCUGGAUCGCCUGGGAGCCUGGCCACACCUGGCCAAUGGUACAGCAGAUCUCCGAGAGAUGGCACAGAUUGGCCUGCGCCUGGUACUUGGCUACAUCUUGCUGGAGGACCCACAUCUACAUGCCCAGGCCUACGUGAAGCUGCACGGGCUGCUGCAGACUACAGUGCCCAUGCGUCGCGAGGAGGCCUGCUAUGUGCUGUCCAAGCUGGAGGCAGCACUAGCCCGGGCACUGAAGACUUCUGCCUCAGACAGUGUCUUGGAAGACAGGGAGCCCCCAGCUGUGGCUACCACAGCUGCAGAGCGCUGCUCCUGGCUGGUACCACUGGUGCGCACGCUGCUGGACCGUGCCUACGGGCCCCUGGGGCUGCAGUGGGGGCUGCCUUCCCUGCCACCCACCAAUGGCAGCCCCACCUUCUUUGAGGACUUCCAGGCUUUCUGUGCCACACCUGAAUGGCGCCACUUCAUUGACAAGCAGGUGCAGCCCACCAUGUCGCAGUUUGAAAUGGACACCUACGCUAAGAGCCACGACCUCAUGUCGGGCUUCUGGAAUGCCUGCUACGACAUGCUCAUGAAUAGUGGGCAGCGGCUCCAACAGGAGCGGUUGAGGAGUGGUCAGGACUUCCAGGACCUGGUGCUAGAACCUGCCCUGAGGCGGGCACGCCCAGAGGGGCUCCGCUACGCCGCAGUGCAAAAACAGCAAGCAAGUCAGCACUCCACCGCCCUGCUGCACUGGGAGGCGCUGUGGCGGCAGCUCUCCAGCCCCUGCGGGGCCUGGGCCUUGAGGGACCCGCCCAUUCCCCGCUGGAAGCUGUCCAGCGCCGAGACAUACUCGCGCAUGCGUCUGAAGCUGGUGCCCAAUCAUCACUUCAACCCUCACCUAGAAGCCAGCGCCCUGCGAGACAACCUGGGUGAGGCCCCCCAGACACCCACCCAAGAGGCCUCGCUGCCUCUAGCGGUGACCAAGGAGGCUAAAGUCAGCACCCUACCCGAGGAGCUGCAGGAAGACCAGCUAGGCGAGGACGAGCUGGCUGCCAUGGAGACCGCGAUGAAGGCAGCAGAACUGGAUGAACAGCAUGAGAAGCUGGUGCUGUCGGCCGAGUGCCAGCUGGUUACAGUGGUGGCUGUGGUCCCAGGGCUACUGGAGGUCACCACACAGCACCUCUACUUCUACGAUGGCAGUGCCGAGCGUGUGGAAACUGAGGAGGGUAUUGGCCAUGAUUUCCGGCGCCCACUGGUCCAGCUCCGUGAGGUCCACUUAAGGCGUUUCAAUCUGCGCCGCUCAGCACUUGAGCUCUUCUUCAUUGAUCAGGCCAACUACUUCCUCAACUUCCCGUGCAAGGUGGGCAGGACUGCGGCCUCAUCCUGCCAGGCCCCCAGGCCCCAACCCUGCCCCAUCCCACCCCACACGCAGGUACGGAACCAGGUGUACUCAUGGCUCCUGCGCCUGCGACCCCCUACGCAAGGCUACCUAAGCAGCCGCUCCCCCCAGGAGAUGCUGCGUGCCUCAGGCCUCACCCAGAAAUGGGUACAGCGUGAGAUAUCCAACUUUGAGUACUUGAUGCAACUCAACACCAUUGCGGGGCGGACCUACAACGACUUGUCUCAGUACCCUGUGUUUCCCUGGGUCCUACAGGACUAUGUGUCCCCAACUCUGGACCUCAGCAACCCUGCCAUCUUCCGGGACCUGUCCAAGCCCAUUGGGGUGGUGAACCCCAAGCAUGCCCAGCUUGUGAGGGAGAAAUAUGAGAGCUUUGAGGACCCAGCGGGCACCAUUGACAAAUUCCACUAUGGCACCCACUAUUCCAAUGCAGCAGGCGUGAUGCACUACCUCAUCCGAGUGGAGCCCUUCACCUCCCUGCAUGUCCAGCUGCAGAGUGGCCGCUUUGACUGCUCUGACCGGCAGUUCCACUCGGUGGCAGCUGCGUGGCAGGCCCGUCUGGAAAGCCCAGCCGAUGUGAAGGAGCUUAUCCCAGAGUUCUUCUACUUCCCUGACUUCCUGGAGAACCAGAACGGUAGGAGCUGGCACAGGGAUGGGACACACAGGCUGGGGUGGCUAGGAAGCAGGCAAGAUGAUGCAGUAGCACAGCUGACCCAGUCCGCCAUGCCAGAUUUUGACCUGGGCUGCCUCCAGCUGACCAACGAGAAGGUGGGUGAUGUGGUGCUGCCCCCAUGGGCCAGCUGCCCUGAGGACUUCGUCCAGCAGCACCGCCAGGCCCUGGAGUCGGAGUACGUGUCUGCCCACCUGCAUGAGUGGAUCGACCUCAUUUUUGGCUACAAGCAGCGAGGGCCAGCCGCGGAGGAGGCCCUCAAUAUCUUCUAUUACUGCACCUAUGAGGGGGCCGUGGACCUGGACCAUGUGGCAGAUGAGAGAGAACGGAAGGCUCUGGAGGGCAUUAUCAGCAACUUUGGACAGACUCCCUGUCAGCUGCUGAAGGAGCCACAUCCAGCCCGGCUCUCAGCUGAGGAAGCAGCUCAGCGCCUGGCACGUCUGGACGCUAACUCACCUAGCAUCUUCCAGCACCUGGACCAGCUCAAGGCCUUCUUUGCAGAAGUCAUCAGUGAUGGCGUGCCCCUGGUGCUGGCCCUUGUUCCUCACCGGCAGCCCCACUCCUUCAUGACCCAGGGCUCGCCAGACCUAUUGGUGACUGUGAGUGCCAGUGGGUUGCUGGGCACCCACAGCUGGUUGCCUUAUGACCGUAACAUAAGCAACUACUUCACCUUCAGCAAAGACCCCACCAUGGGCAAUCCCAAGAUGCAGCGACUGCUGAGUGGCCCAUGGAUGCCAGGCAGUGGUGUGAAUGGGCAAGCCCUGGCGGUGGCCCCUGACGGAAAGCUGCUCUUCAGUGGUGGCCAUUGGGAUGGCAGCUUGAGAGUAACUGCACUGCCCCGGGGCAAGCUGUUGAACCAGUUCAGCUGCCACCUUGACGUAGUGACCUGCCUAGCACUGGACACCUGCGGCAUCUACCUCAUCUCAGGUUCCCGGGAUACCACAUGUAUGGUGUGGCGGCUCCUGCAGCAGGGUGGUCUCUCAGGGCUGGCAUCAAAGCCUGUGCAGGUCCUGUAUGGACAUGAGGCUGCAGUGAGCUGCGUAGCCAUCAGCACUGAACUGGACAUGGCCGUGUCUGGAUCUGAGGGUGGAACUGUGAUCAUUCACACUGUACGCCGUGGCCAGUUUGUGGCAGCACUACAGCCCCCGGGGGCCACAUUGCCUGGACCUGUGUCCCACCUGGCACUGGCAUCUGAGGGCCAAAUUGUGGUACAGAGCUCGGCACAGGAGCGUCUUGGGGCUCAGGUCACCUAUUCCUUGCACCUGUACUCUGUGAAUGGGAGGUUGCGGGCUUCACUGCCCCUGCUAGAGCAACCCACAGCCCUGGCAGUGACGGAGGAUUUUGUUCUGCUGGGCACAGCUCAGUGUGCUCUGCACAUCCUACACCUGAACAAACUGCUCCCUGCUGUGCCUCCUCUGCCCAUGAAGGUGCCCAUUCGCAGCGUGGCUUUGACCAAGGAGCGCAGCCACGUGCUCGUGGGCCUGGAGGACGGCAAACUUAUCGUGGUGGGCGCUGGGCAGCCCUCUGAGGUGCGCAGCAGCCAGUUUGCGCGGAGGCUGUGGAGAUCCUCCCGGCGCAUCUCGCAGGUGUCCUCUGGAGAGACAGAAUAUAACCCUGGAGAAGCGCGCUGACAGCCUGUCCCGCCCCACGGCGCAGGCUCCGUCCAGGCGGGCUCCGCCCCUGGAGGCCCGGCUCAGGGGUCGGCGGGAAUCGCGAGGAGGAAACGCCGAGGCCGGGGGCCAGCACUCAGGGGGUGGGCGGGGCCCACUCCCGCCCAACUCAGGGAUUGGCGGGCAGUUCGCUCCAGGAAGCCCCGCCCCUCGCCGGUAGAGGAGGUGCCCGGAGUCCCAGCCCCGGCCUCAGCGGCCGCCCAGCACGUUUUGCACAGUCGAGCGGGAGCCCAGGCUUUCGGACCUCCUUCCGUCCCGGCGGAGCGCAAGGGUCCGGCUGUGGCCUUAACCCCUAAAGGCGGCCCCUUGCUCUCCCAUUCUCGGCAAUAAACCUGGCCUAGUUUUGUA